GAGUUGUCUGGCCCCGCCGACCCACGGCACACGACCCACCGACCCACGAAUCGGCCCGGCCGUCGCGUGCACCAUGUCUGGCUCCUCCAGCGUCGCCGCUAUGAAGAAAGUGGUUCAACAGCUCCGGCUGGAGGCCGGACUCAACCGCGUAAAAGUUUCCCAGGCAGCUGCAGACUUGAAACAGUUCUGUCUGCAGAAUGCUCAACAUGACCCUCUGCUGACUGGAGUAUCUUCAAGUACAAAUCCCUUCAGACCCCAGAAAGUCUGUUCCUUUUUGUAGUAAAAUGAAUCUUUCAAAGGUUUCCCAAACCACUCCUUAUGAUCCAGUGAAUAUUCAAGAGAGCUACAUUUGAAGCCUGUACAAAAGCUUAUCCCUGUAACACAUGUGCCAUAAUAUACAAACUUCUACUUUCAUCAGUCCUUAACAUCUACCUCUCUGAAUUUUCAUGAAUUUCUAUUUCACAAGGGUAAUUGUUUUAUAUACACUGGCAGCAGCAUACAAUAAAACUUAGUAUGAAAAAAAAAAAGAAA